CGGCAACACACGUUAUUUGAAUGGCAUAGCAGUUGAACAAAUGACGUCAUUUAUCAGCAGUAAAAGACGAUUCGAUGUUGAACGGAUUACGUUUUACGUCUUUUUGUGCUGUUCGUGAAUAGAAUUGAAUGUAUGUUCAGGCAGCGCGAUAACUGCGAAUACCGAUAGUACCAUCUAACCGGACUGGUUCAGAAUGGAGUCUGCAAAAGCAAGCAUAAGUUACCAUGUUUUAAAAGAAGAACACAUCGCGGAGGCGGCCCAUGUGCUGACCAAGGCUUUCCUCGGCGGGGAGAGUAUAUCAAGCGUUCUGAAGCAGCCUUACAACGCCGAAUUUGCAUCAAGCGAGGAUAUCUGCAAAGUGGCAUCAAAAGAAGGUGUCUCGGUGGUAGCAGUGGAUGAUACAACCGGUAAGGUCGUUGGGGCUAUAUCCGGGACACUGUGCAGAGCUAAGGAGCUCGGAGCGCAGAAAGUCAACACCCCUUUAGUGCCACCAGAGGUCGCACCAUAUUAUUGCCCAGCAUUCAUCCCGUAUUUAGAGGAACUUGAACAGUUUUUCGCUGGAAACAAAGAGCUGACUGCAGACCCCGAGUGUCUCAUCAUGAGGAGUGCGAAAAUCGGUGUCCUCUCCGAAUAUGGAGGUUUGGGUAUCGGAACUAAAAUGGCCGACAAACGACAAGAGCUUUGCCAGAAAAUAGGAUGCAAGUAUAUCAUUUUGACGUCAACUAGUCCAAUAAGUUUCAAAUUAUAUUCCAAAUUAGGGUACAAGGUCUUAGGGGAAAUUCCAUAUAAAGAUUUUGUCAUUAACGGGGAACGUCCAUUUGCUGCCAUCACCAUGGGAACAUCUGGUAAGAGUAUGAUGAAGAGUAUCUUGUAAUGACGUCACAAGAACUGCUUGGUUAUAAAUUGACGCCGCAGGAAUCGCUUGAAUAUAUAUAGCAUGCACAGGAGACUAUGGAUAAAUUCAGACGACAUAUGUACUGUGUUAGCGAGUACAACUAUCACUGUUUGAUGUCAUAGGAAUGUCCGGUAAUCCGUUUCAGUUGUAGGCAGUUUCGAGAGAGAGAAAAUGUAAUUUGUGUGAAAAUGGUAAAUGUGAAAUGUGCAUUGCAAUUAUGUCUUCUACGAAUUGCUGAAUAGUUUAAGCGUUCAACGGACUAUUGCAAUGCUAGUAAGACGGCAUCUUAGUCGGCCAAUGGUAAAUCUCGUAAGACAGUAUCUUAGUCGGCCUAUGGUAGAUCUCGUAAGACGGUAUCUUAGUUGGCCAAUGGUAGAUCUCGUAAGACAGUAUCUUAGUCGGCCUAUGGUAGAUCUCGUAAGACGGUAUCUUAGUUGGCCAAUGGUAAAUCUCGUAAGACGGUAUCUUAGUCGAUCAAUAAUUGAUCUUGUAGGACGGUAUUUUAGUCAACCAAUGGUAGAUAAUAAUAAUGAUAAUAGUCAUCGUAUUGGUAGUUUAUUUAUUUGAAUUAUGUAAAGUAGUCGAACGAUGGUAAAUUAUUUUGAGAUAUUGGUUACUCGGUCAAUGGUAAAUAUUAUAUCAUAGUCGGCCAUACAUGGUCAUUGAUAAAUGUUGGACGUAUACUGCAAUUUAGCAAUGGUUAACCUUUGAAGCAAUAAAUCCAUAUAUUUGAGUGUUAAA